AUGGACUACACUGUCUCCGAUGCCCACUUCCUCUCCACGGCCUCCGGCCUCCUCCCCCCCGACACAAUUGCGCUCCUCAGCUCCCGCACCACAAGCACACAACUCUACCUCAGCACACUCUCGCGCCUCGCGCUCCGCCCCGACCUCACCGCCCAUGUCUUUUCCAGCUACGAGCCGCUCUUUCCCGACCUCUGCGCCAGAUGGCGCGACACAACCACAACGGCAUCGGAAAUCGCAUGUGCGUUUGCGCGGGUGCUGCCGCUGGCGCCGUAUCUGGCGGAUGUAGCGGAAGAGUUUCUGACCCCGGGGUCAAUUGCGCUGGAAGAUGGUCUGGAAGUGCUGCUGGCGCUGUGGAGAUUGCUAGUGUUUAGGAGGGAGAGCUUUGUGAGGUUGGUACAGAUGGAGAGCGUGGCGCCGCUGCUGAGGCAUAAAGAGCCCGCGGUGAGGUAUUUGGCGGUGAGGGUUAUGUGUAUAUUUCUCAAGGCGUCGGACUCGACGAGGGAGAAGAUGUUUGCGCAGUAUGGCGUGGGCAAUGAGGCAGAGGAAAAAGUGAUUGGUGUCUGGGAGGGGAAGGAGAUGGAUUACGGGUUUUUGGUUCUCAUGGAGAACAAACGCCUCGAAAAACUAUCCCAAGAAGUGCUAAACGCAAAACUACAGACCCUCUCACCAACCUCAGAGCGCAGAAUAAUCCCCACAGACGCACUAUCACCACUGACCGCCGACCUCUGCGGCAUCCUCACACCCCGCCUCCGCGGGCCCCCCUCAACACCCUCUAAAAUAAUUGAUACCCCCAUCACCCGCCACAACAUCCAUGCCACGGCCGUCUCCCUGCGCUCCUCCUCCCCAACCCUCAUCACCGGCCCUGCCGGCUCCGGAAAGACCUUCCUCGUCCACCAGAUUGCACACACACUCAACACACUCAACACCCUAAUCUCGAUCCAUCUCGGUGACCAGACAGACGCAAAGCUGCUGGUGGGCGCAUACACCACCGCCGACACCCCCGGCUCGUUCGAAUGGCGUCCGGGCGUCUUGACGACCGCCGUGAAAGAGGGAAGAUGGGUCCUUGUCGAGGACAUUGACAAAGCGCCGACAGAGGUCCUCUCGGUCCUCCUCCCGCUCAUGGAGCGCGGCGAGCUCGUGAUCCCGAGUCGUGGGGAGACGAUAGUUGCUGCGCGCGGGUUCCGGCUUAUUGCGACUAUGAGGACCGCUAGCACUACUAACAGUACGAAACAGGAUUCACUGCACAUCCUCGGUAGCCGUCUCUGGAACCGUGUGGACUAUAAGCAACCGGACGAGACCGAGCUGUACACAAUCGUCACCGUCCGCUUCCCCGCUCUGACCGCUGUCGCACCAUCACUCCUGCGCGUCUACAAUACCAUCCAGCACCACUACCGCGAGCCCUCAUUCUUCGCGCUCAGCAAGACAUCCCUCGGCCGCCAGAUCUCGCCAAGGGACCUGAUAAAAUGGGCCACCCGAAUCGACGCCCUCUUCACCUCUGCCGGCUCCAACGGCGAAGUCAUCCCCGACGGCCUGUACGACGAGAUCUUCAUGGAAGCCGUCGACUGCUUCGCCGGGUCCCUGCAGACCCUCGAUGCGCGCCACCUCGUGAUCCGCAAAAUUGCAGACGAGAUGCUGAUCCCGCCGCAGCGCGUAGACCUCUUCCUGAACGGGCACAUCCCGGCGUACAACGCCAGCGACAAGACGCUAGCCAUCGGGCGCGCAAGGCUCAAGAAACGCAAGCGCAGCAAGCGCGCGCAGGCGCAGAAGCGGCCGUUUGCGACGACGAACCAUGCGUUGCGGCUGCUGGAGCAGGUCGGAGUUGCAGUGCGCGGCGGGGAGCCCGUGUUGUUGGUUGGCGAGACGGGGACGGGGAAGACGACGGUGGUGCAGCAGAUGGCGGAUCUGUUGGGGUAUGGGCUCACGGUGAUGAAUCUGUCGCAGCAGACGGAGAGCGGGGAUCUGUUGGGCGGGUAUAAACCGGUGGAUGUGCGCACGCUUGCGGUCCCGCUGAAGGAGGUGUUUGAGGAGCUGUUUGAGAAGACGUUCUCGCUGAAGAGGAAUAAACGCUUCUUGGAGGUGCUGGCGAAGUGUUGGGGAAAACAGCAGUGGAAUAGAGUCAUCACCCUCUGGGGCGAGGCCGUGAAGAUGGCGGACCAGUUCUUUGCCGCUCCGACGCCAGAGGCCCAGGACGGCGAGGACCAGCCAAAGAAGAAGAGGAAGAUAGAUUCAAUGGAUAAGCCCGCUCUGCAAGCACAAUGGACGCGGUUCGCGAGUGAUGUCGCAACACUAGAGAGACAAAGCUCACAGAUCAGUAAGAGCUUCGCAUUCAGCUUCGUAGAGGGAAGUCUGGUUAAGGCCGCCCGAAACGGGGACUGGGUGCUUCUUGACGAAAUAAAUUUGGCAGCACCAGACACAUUGGAGAGUAUUGCAGAUCUGCUCAAGGAUGGAAAGGACGGCGAUGUCAGGAGCAUCCUACUCUCGGAGAAGGGCGACGUAGAGAGAGUGAAGGCGCAUCCGGACUUUCGCAUCUUUGCCUGUAUGAACCCCGCUACCGAUGUUGGAAAACGUGAUCUCCCGAGCGGGCUGCGCAGUAGGUUCACGGAGCUCUAUGUAGUCUCGCCGGACCAAGACUUAGGGAACCUGUUAGCGAUUGUGAGGGAGUACCUUGGACCGCUUGUUGCCGGGGAUGAGAGAGCUGUUGCAGACGUUGCGGGGCUCUACAUGGAGGCGAAAAAGCUCUCAGAGGGACAGAGACUCGUAGACGGUGCGAACCAGAGACCGCAUUUCAGCAUGAGAACCCUCACGAGGACGCUCAGUUACGUAGUCGAGAUUGCGGGGGUGUACGGUCUGCGCAGAAGUCUGUAUGAAGGCUUCUGUAUGAGCUUUCUCACCCUACUUGACCGCACUUCCGAAGCCGUGCUGCUGCCGGUGAUCGAGAAGUUCAUUCUGGGGAACCAGAGGAACGUUCGGAGUCUCGUCUCGCAGAUCCCGAGAAGGCCUGUCGGCGCAAAUGGAGAGGAUUAUGUGCAGUUUAAACACUACUGGAUGGCGCGCGGAACCCAAGAGGUGGAGGAGCAGCCGCACUAUAUCAUAACGCCCUUCGUCGAGCGGAACAUGCUCAACCUUGUGCGUGCCACGGCCACCCGCCGCUUCCCGGUCCUCAUCCAGGGCCCGACAUCGAGCGGAAAGACGAGUAUGAUUGAGUAUCUCGCGAAACGCACCGGCCACAAGUUCGUCAGGAUUAACAACCACGAACACACUGAUCUGCAGGAAUACCUAGGAAGCUAUGUCUCGGACAACACGGGCACCCUGCGCUUCCAGGAGGGAAUCUUGGUGGAGGCGCUGCGCAAGGGGUACUGGAUCGUUCUUGAUGAGCUCAACUUGGCGCCUACCGAUGUUCUCGAAGCCCUCAAUAGGCUUCUCGAUGACAAUCGCGAGUUGAUGAUCCCCGAAACACAGGAAGUCGUGAGGCCGCACAAGGAGUUUAUGCUCUUUGCAACACAGAACCCGCCCGGGCUGUACGGAGGGCGUAAAGUGCUCAGCAGGGCGUUUAGAAACCGAUUUUUGGAGUUGCACUUUGAUGACAUUCCCGAGGAGGAGCUGGAGACGAUUCUGCGCGAGAGAUGCGGCAUUGCGCCGAGCUAUUGUGCCAAGAUUGUAAAGGUUUAUAAGGAACUAUCGGUGCUACGACAAUCAACUAGAUUAUUUGAGCAGAAAAACAGCUUCGCAACGCUGCGUGAUCUAUUCCGAUGGGCAAAUCGCGAAGCCGUUGGAUACCAGCAGCUCGCCGACAAUGGGUACAUGCUCCUCGCAGAGCGCGUCCGCAAAGAGGACGAGAAACUCGCGGUGAAGAGGGUGCUCGAGGAGGUGAUGCGGGUCAAGAUUGACGAGGCGGCACUCUACUCGCCCGAGUCGACGCCCGAAUACCAGCUCGUGAUGAAGCUGGAGAGCGACGUGGUGUGGACAAAGGCGAUGCGAAGGCUGUACUCGCUGGUUGCGCACUCGCUGAGGAAUAAUGAGCCGGUGCUGCUGGUGGGUGAGACGGGAUGCGGGAAGACGACGGUGGUGCAGUUGCUGGCGGAGGCGUUUGGGAAGACGUUGAAUAUUGUGAAUGCCCACCAGAACACGGAGACGGGGGAUAUCAUUGGUGCGCAGAGGCCGAUCAGAAACCGGACUGCGUAUACGGCGCAGUUGGUGGAGGAUCUGCUGGCAGUUGUGAGGGAUCACUCGACGAUAGAACAAUAUAACGCAGAUGCAGACUUGCAAAUGUUGCUUGAGGCAUAUUCCGCAUUGGACAAACAGAGCUUGAACAACAUUCCAGAGGAUCUCAGAUCCCGAAUUGAGCUCAACCGGAUACGAGUAAAGGCGCUAUUCGAAUGGAGCGACGGCAGUCUUAUCCAAGCAAUGAAGGAAGGGCAGUUCUUCCUGCUCGACGAAAUCUCACUCGCAGACGACUCCGUUCUUGAGCGACUCAACAGCGUGCUGGAACCACAGCGUGGAAUCCUGCUAGCGGAGAAGGGGCCCGAAGGGUCCGCAGUCACCGCCGUCGACGGCUUCCAAUUCCUGGCCACGAUGAAUCCCGGCGGCGACUACGGCAAGAAAGAGCUCUCGCCCGCCCUGCGGAAUCGUUUCACUGAAAUCUGGGUCCCCUCCAUGUCGGACUAUGACGAUGUCCUUCAGAUUGUGCGCGCGAAGCUGUCGCCAUUUGCGCUGCAGCAUGCAGAGACCAUUGUGAAAUUUGCGCAGUGGUUCUCAGAGACCUAUCAUUUUGCUUCUUCCACGAUCUCGAUCCGUGAUGUGCUGGCCUGGGCAAGGUUUAUCAACAUGUGCGACCCGCACAACGCCGCAUUCGGGCUGUUGCACGGCGCGGCGCUUGUCUUCAUUGACGGACUGGGCGCGAACCCGUCUGCGGUUCUCAUGUCCACUGCCGCCGAAGACCUAGCCAAGGAGAAGCGGAAGUGCAUCCUGAGGCUCUCAGAGCUGAGCAGCCAUGAUUUGGCGUCUAUCUAUGACCAGCCCUUCAGUAUGGCACUCGACGACGCCAGUCUACGUCUCGGGGGCUUUUCGCUCCCACGCAAGAUCGACUCUGUCGCAGACGUCUCGUUCAAUCUUGAGGCGCCAACAACGGGUGUCAAUGCUAUGCGGGUUGUCCGCGCGAUGCAGCUGCGGAAGCCAAUCUUGCUUGAGGGCAGCCCCGGUGUCGGGAAAACCAGUCUAAUCUCAGCCCUCGCAGCGGCGUCCGGAAACCCGCUCACUCGUAUCAACUUGUCUGAGCAGACCGACUUGAUGGACCUCUUUGGCUCCGAUGUUCCCGUCGAGGGCGGGCAGAGCGGGGAGUUCGCAUGGAGAGACGCACCGUUCCUACAGGCGAUGCAGAGGGGACAUUGGGUGCUCCUUGAUGAGAUGAACCUGGCGUCACAGUCGGUUCUAGAGGGGUUGAAUGCGUGCUUGGAUCAUCGUGGGGAGGCAUACAUCUCAGAGCUGGACCGCACCUUCAAGUGUCACCCAGAGUUUUGUGUCUUUGCGGCGCAGAACCCGCAUCAUCAAGGUGGUGGCAGGAAGGGGCUUCCGGCGUCGUUUGUGAAUAGGUUUACGAUUGUUUAUGUUGAUACACUGAAUUUGGAGGACUUGCAGUUGAUUGCGACGAGACUGUAUCCGGGUAUCCCGCAGGAUGAUGUGGCGAAGGUUAUUACAUUUGUGGUUCUGCUUGACCGCGAGGUCUCGCAGAAACGCAGCUUUGGGAGCUUAGGUGGGCCGUGGGAGUUUAAUUUGAGAGAUACACUACGCUGGCUUGGGCUUUUGUCUACAACAGAGGGACUGCUCGCUUUUCAGGACCCGUCAGAGUUUGUGAAUAUCGUCAUCAAGCAGCGGUUCCGAACCGUCGAGGACAGAGCCCGAGUUGACGAGCUGUUUGCCCAAGUAUUUGGCUUCGCACCCGCAAAGCGCCAUCUCUACCACCAGCUCUCAAAAGACCACUUCCAAGUCGGCCAUGCCCUCCUGCCCAGAAACAGCGACGCCCAGCCAGUACCAACCCAAAAGACCACACUCCUAAAGCGCAACCUGCGGUCUCUCGAGACCAUCAUGACCGCAAUCCAGCAGCGAACACCCGUCAUCCUCGUGGGUCAUUCGGGCGCGGGAAAGAGUAGCAUCAUAAAGCUGCUGGCAAGUGUUGCUGGCGCCGAACUUGACGAGAUUGCGCUGAACAACGACAUUGAUACAACGGAUAUUGUCGGCGGGUUUGAGCAGGUGGACAUCUCAAGGAGCAUCUCGGCCUUGUUUGCGGAGCUGCAGCGGUUCGUCGGUGAGUCGACGAUCCAGGCACUUCGCGGUGGAUUCGUCCCCGGGAGUGCGGUGUUGGGGCUGUUUGAUGCCGGUGCCUCAGAGGCUACAUAUGAUAUUGAGAGACUCCACCGUCUGCACACCGCCCUCACGGCCAUCGCCGCCGAGUCCGGAACAGAUCUAUUCUCCCGCUUCAUGAAACAGUGCGAGAUCUUGAUCUCACAAGCGCACCAAGCCUCCACCGCCCGCUUUGAAUGGGUCGACGGCAUGCUCAUCCACGCAAUUGAGCAAGGUAAGUGGCUCGUCCUCGACAACGCUAACCUGUGCAGCCCCUCCGUGCUCGACCGCCUCAAUUCACUACUCGAGCUCAACGGCUACCUCGUCGUCAACGAGCACAGUGACACGAGCGGGGAGCCGAAGAUCGUCCGCCCGCAUGCUAACUUUAGGCUGUUCCUUACCAUGGACCCGCGCCACGGCGAGUUGUCAAGAGCUAUGAGAAAUAGAGGAAUAGAGGUGUAUAUGGACGCGGGGGUCAUGGAACCUAUGCCGCCGGCCGCGCAGGAGGAUGAUGUAAGGCGGGUGGAGGAGGCCCGGUGGAUGGCCGAUGCUACGACGACGGAGGCGUGUAUGGCGGUGUAUAGUGAUGUUGACAGACUGGCUGCUACUUCUACUACUGACUUAGAUUCUGCUGCUGAUGUGUAUGAUGAGCUGCUGCGGGUGGUCUUUGACCAUUUACCCCGCGACCAGAUGAGCAUCCUGAAGAGAUGGAAGAUGCAUCUAGCUGCCGACAGGGUGGGCCCCGUCGUGGACGUAGUCAGUAGCGUAGAAGACAUGAGUGCGCAUCCGCGUUUGGCGGCGCUGCGUGCGGAGUUCUUGAGGACUGUGGCGGGCGAGUUGGGCCUUGGUCAGCAAUUUGGUGAUGCACAGCCAUUAAACCCCAUCCGUAACACAUCUCUUCUCUCCACCGGCUCAAGAAAGAACAAUGCCUCCGCCAUCAUCGCCCUAUCAGCGAUCCACGACCUCGCCCGCGAGAUCCUACACAUCAAGCGCGCCGAGGCCGACAUCCUCCAGCGCUCGACAACAACACGCAUGAAAGAGAUGACUUUCCUCGAGAAGUCGGCGUCAAAAUCCAAGACCUCCUCCACCAUCUCCUCCUCACAAUCAGCAUCGUCAGGCGUAGUGGGACUCCCGCUAUUCGCCUUCCUCACCGCCGUCCGCCGCUCCCUAGAAGCAUGGCUGACCGAAGUGGCAAUCGAAACAGACAAUAACACCCUCACACGCAUAACAGAGCUCCUCUCCCUAUGGCGUGACAUGGUCGCCCUGAGCAGCACCCACAACCUCAACGAGAGCAUCUUCCACGUGUACCUCUCGCUCCUCGAAUCAUGGAUCCACACCUCCUCGCCCACCCUCCCGCCAGCAAUACUGACCGCCACCGAGCGCGCGCUCGGCGGGUUCCGUGCGCCGCUGCGGCUCACGACGGGGUUCGCGAUGGAGGCGCUGUGGGGCGCGUUAAGGCCGUCGGUACCGGCGUCUGUGGAGGGCUGGGAGGCGUAUGGCCGCUUGCGCGGGAUUGCAGAUAGGUUUGAUGCCGUGGUUGGGAAGUUACAAGGUUCGUUUGAGACUGUAGCGGGGUUGAAGAGCUCGUUGAUGGAGGCCCUCACAGCGGUAUUGACGUCGGAAGUUGAAGUUGGGGAGUUGGAGGGGUUGGAGGGCGCGAUUGUGGGGUUGGAGGAGAGGGCGGGGAGGAGCGGCGUUGCGGCGAGGGAGUCGCUGUUGAGGAUGGUGUUUGACUAUUUGCUCAAGUUUAAGGCACUGGGCGGAGAGAAAUCGUUUAAUGAUACUUUGACACUCGGACAUUUUGCGGGGAGAACUACGGCUAGUUUGUUGGGAUAUCAGGGCCAGGAGACAACACUAAGGACUGCCUACAAGCAAGUUUUGGAGGACAUCUACGAAUAUGACUUUACCUCAACAGGCCCUCGAGGCCUACUCCAAGGACGCUUUACGCUGGAGAUGCUACGCACAGGUCAAGCUGCCAAAAACUCGUUUAUUGGACAGCUCAGCAAACUCAAUAUCGAACUCGGAGCACUUUCAAAGCAGUUCACACAAUUGACGCAGCAGGUGGCUAGUGAUCAACUGUUGCAGCUGAAUAUGCUGCUUUUAUCAAAUACGAAGAAGAUCUUUGAGCUCCAUUCCGGGUCGUACAGCGGCGAUAAUUACACAAUGCUCACUUCAGCGCUUGAGAACCUAGAGCUUGCACUCAACGGGGGUUCAAAUGCCCAUGAAGGUCUCGCUCUAGCUACAGCAACUUUAGACGUCGCAUUUAAAUCCGUAGUCGACGAACAUCUCGCCCGCGUACUCAACUGCCUUGCUGCAAUUCCACAAGCGCUCACAUAUUCACAAGCCCUGGAACUAUCCGGAAAAGCCUGGACCCACUACGCCCUCGGAUGCUUGAAGCUCUACGUGCCCAAUGUCGCAUUCGACCCCGCAAUGAAGCGCCUCGUCCAGCGCGAGCGCUACCUCAAGCGGAAGACCGAGCUCCACAACAAGAUUGCGGCCGAAAAGAUCUUCGAGCUAAGGUUCACCGGCCAACAAGACAACGCCCAGACUCAAAUGCUAGAGAAACGUCUCGCGGACCUCGGUGAAGAGCCGCCCAACUCGUUGGUUGUGCGUCCCGCAGAGUCGGAGAUGACGCAGCUCCAGGGGGAUAUGAUUAACCUUCUUCAAGUGGUUGUAAACACGAGUCCUCAUGAGCGUUUGCUACCGUCUAUUUUGGGACGUAGUGCGAGUUAUAGGGAUGAAGAGGCAUUGUUCCAGAAGAAUUUGUCACAGAUCAUUGAGAGGCUGCGCCGCGGAUAUCCGCUUUAUAAGGAUCUGGUUGAUCCUAUCCUUGGCUUCCUGUAUUCCUUGAAGAUGGGUCUGUCGCUUUCUGCUAUGGAGGCAGAUGAAUCGAGCCUUGCGUUAUCUCUUAUUGAGCCAAGUGUUCCGGAGGUAUUCAACCAGCAGGUGCUAGACGACCGGGAAGAUAUCAAGCUGCUGCGACUAUGGCAGAUUGCAGCUCACCAGAACAUCGAGGGCUACGAGAACACUAAGCAGACGUCCAACAAGACCGUCCAUGGCAUCCUACAAGGCUUCUUCGAAGCCUGGAAAGUCAAGACCCAGAAAGAGCAAGAAGAGGCGGCCGCGAAUGCAAGCUUGUACAGAUACACAGGCGAGGAAGAAAACGCUGACGAGACAGAGCUUGCCGCGAUGUUUCCUGCUUAUGAAGAUGACGAGGAGAGAGAGAAGGAAAAGGGAAAACCUGCCGGUUCUCAGCACCGAGAGCUUGCUUGCCAGAUCGCCCAGUGCCAUUCCGCAAUCCAUCUUACCGCAGAGUCAGAACCUACAAGCCUCUCAUCAUUGAUUCAACGUGGUGUUUCUGCUCUAGUCAAAUCUGUAGGAGAAGAGAGCUCUUUCUGCAUCUCGCCAGGAAAGACUGAGGUAUUCUUACCAGCUAUUAUCCUCUCUUUGAAGGAGACCUCACAAUGGAUCAACGGAGUGACCUCCCAAACCUAUGACUUCUACACCGAGGAGAACCUAGAGCAAGCCCGGAAGUUGGUUGUGAUUGUCGAGAAAGCCCACGCGCGGUUAUCAGUUCUAGCCGAAGCAUGGCCAGAGCAUGUCACUAUCCAAGAUGCCAUGGAGGUCUGCCAAGAGAUCCUAGAUCUCCCCAACUCCACUCCGAUUGCACAGUCCCUGGUUAAGGUCGAAAAGCUGCACGAGCAUUUGAACGAAUGGCAGGGCGUUGCAAGCUCUGAAUUUUCCGCCGCGGAGCACUUUGAUGCUGUUACGCAACUGAUCAUCAGCUGGCGCCGCAUCGAGCUAUCAGCAUGGCCACGCCUGUUUGAUAUCGAAGAUGAAAAGUGCCGUGCAGAGGCGAACUCAUGGUGGUUCUACGUUUAUGAGAGCGCCAUUGCGAACCCUCUUCAACUGCUCUCUGAAGGUCAAAAUCUGAAAGAGCAUGUUGAGCAACUCCUCACAACCCUAGUAGCUUUCAUAGAGACAUCUUCGAUCGCCCAGUUCCCACAUAGAUUGCAGCUUUUAAACGCGUUUGAGCAGCAUGCUCUUCGCUUGUCUGAUGAGUUCCUUGCCAUGAAUCUGGUACAGAAGGGACUGCACAACCUUGUCGCGUACUUCUCACAAUAUGCAUCCGAGGCUAAAGAAGCUACAGCAAAGUCUCGAAAGAAGUACCAAAAAUCGAUGAGUGAUGUUGUCUUACUUGCCAGCUGGAAGGACACAAACAUCCUAGCGCUUCGUGAUAGUGCCAAACGCUCACACAAGAAGCUUUUCAGAGUUGUUAAAGGAUACCGCCAGGCAAUCAAUCAGCCAAUGGCCCCGCUUAUCUUGGCCGGCAUGCCUGAAGGCUCUGCCGAAAACUCUGCCACAAACGGAGUAUUACCAGAGCCUAAUAACGAGCUGUCUAUCGAUUUCGAAUUAAUCAAGGCAAUCUACGAGAAAUCCGUGAAGAAAUGGACCGAGAGGCCAGCACGUCUUCAAGACCUCCCAGCAGCAGUCCAGAUGAUGAAGCGUGUUGCAAAGAUUCCCGAAGAUCGGGCCGAGACGAUCAGCUUUAUCGAAGACUUCUCAUCUUCAAUUAUCUCCACAAUCAAGCAACUUCAAUCCGAGACUCCAGGAACCCUGAACGAUGAAACUAAGGAUAUUGCCAAACAUCUCAAGACUAGGAAACGAAAGGCCUUUGCAGAUGCUCUGAAAGAACUCAAGAACAUGGGUCUCAAAUCAAACCUGAGUGCUGCCCUACUAGGCAAGCAAGCUACCCUUGAGCGUCUCCUGGCCAUAGCAGACCCUCUUGAAAACAGCCAAACUGGCACCCAAGGCCACUCUGAAAAUCACUACUUCCUUCGCAUAGCAGAGAUCUUACCAAAAAUCCGAAAGGCAGUCGUAGAGCAUUCACCAGACUUGACCAGCGCAGAAGUCGCAAGAAGUGUGGGAUUCAUUGAAAACUUGCUUUCCCUAUCACUCGACCAGCGUUCUUCAAUCUCGUCUUCACUGAAAGAACUUGAACUAGCGCAAUCCUCAAUGGCCAGAUACAAUACUCUCUCGAAUUUUAACAUUGGGAAUGCCAACCUAUAUGGAAGCAAGGAUCUUCAAUCUUAUGCCGACCUCCAGAGACGAUUCCAAUGGAUUCCAAAGGUAUUGGGCUUAGUAGCCGAACUACUAACAAUUCACUCCGAGUUUAGCGGCAAGACAUUCGAAACAGCCAAUGAACUCAUCAGUAGCGCUCAAAAGUCUGCCAAUAGGGUCAAUGAUCGAUUUUCCGCCCAAAAGCAGACCCUCGUUCACACUGGAAUCUGGGAAGGUUCUGCGAAGGUUCUUCUUGAAGAAGCCCAAUCAACACUUAACCUCAUCGAGGGUAGCAUGAAGACCAUAAGAAGUGACAACCCAGAGAUCGCAUAUACCACAACUCAAGUAUUGCCAUGGGUUUCUCUCACCGCCUCGGAACUCCAACCACAAACCAAUGGCGCAGUGUCUGAACCUACAACGCUUCAAGCUUUAGACGCAUCACUCAAGACACUCUCUGACUCGAUCUUUGUUGCCCUCCAGCAGCUCAAAGAGGCUCAAGCAACCUAUCCUCCCUCGAUCCAAGAUCCUGGAUGGCUCCUUCGGCAUCAAUCCGCAAGCUCAGGCAGUCUGAAAGCUUUGCACACAAGCGCGAUCACACGCAGGAUUGACGAUGUCAUUACCCUUACUUCCCAACUACAGCAGUCUGAUCUUUCGAACUCUCAAGCUGUUCGUGCACUUUUCGCGGCCUAUCAGCCCAUCAUCCAAGAGUACACAGAAAUCUCUUGCAGGACAGUACAGGAAGCGCUUUCACAGUAUCGCUCUAUCUGCAAGACCACCUAUAUCCUGAGUACUUCUGCAUCAACAUUGAUUUCUAAGGGUUUCUGUAUGCCCCAAGAAAAGGGCGACCCUGAAGGCGGUAACACAGAUAAUGUCGAAGGCGGAACUGGACUCGGCGAAGGUGAAGGUCAAGAUGACAUCAGUAAAGACAUUAAAGCAGACGAAGAUCUUUCCGAGUUGGCGCAGGAGAAAGAUAAAGAGAAGAGAGAUGAGGAAAUUGAGGACGAGAAGGAUGCAAUUGACAUUGAAGAUGAAAUGGAGGGAGAAAUUGGGGAUAUGGCAGAUAAGGAGGAUGACGAAAAGGGCUCGGGUGACGAAAAGGAGGACGAUGAUAUGGAUGAAGAAACCGGUGAUGUAGAUGACCUAGAUCCCGACGCGGUUGAUGAAAAGCUCUGGGACGGAGAGGCCGAUGAUGAUGCCCGUGACAAGGAAGGAGAUGGUAUGAAAGACCAGCAGAAGCAAGGAGAAGAUAUGGAAGCAAAGAAAGAGAACGGAAAGGAGAAACAAGGAGAGGAAAUGGAGAGCAAAGAAGACGAGGAUGGUGAAGAAAGUGAAGGCGAAGGCGCAGAUCAGGAAGAUGACGUCCGGCAGCAAGACGAUAACGAAAAGACAGACGCCCAUGUGCCGGAAGUCGACACACUUGACCUGCCAGAAGACAUGGAACUUGAUGGCGACGAAAAGAGUGGAGGAGAAGAAGAGGAGGAUGAUAUGAAGAUGGACGAUCUUUCAGACGUUGACGACGAAGGGGAGGAAGUGAAGCAAGAUGACAAGGGUGAUAAGCAAGACAGCUUCCCUGACCUUGACGAUCCCGAGAAACAAGGCGAAGAGGGAGAGCCAGAAACUGAGAACCAGGAGGAGAGACAGGAAAAUGAAGGCGAGGAGAACGGUGAAGGCGAAAAGAAUGAUGAGGAGCCGGAGGAAGAGAACAAGGAGGAAGGAGCUGAUGAGCCAGAACCGGACAGCCUCUUGACAACCCGCGACGAACAAGACGCAAAAGAGGGUGAAGAAACUGCUCCUAGCGACUUACAAGGCGUUGAAGGAGGUAAUGAUGAGCAAGAUGCCAACGAACAAACCUCAGCUCAAAGGGAAAGCGGCGAGGAUGCAAAGUCCGGCGAAACAAAUGGCAAAGGAGCAGAUGAAGCCCAGGCACAAGAGGAGACUACUGGACAAGCGUCAGCGCAAGAGUCUGAACGCCCUGAUGAAAAAUCCAACAAAAAGGAUGAACAGACUGAAGCGGAGUCGUCGUUCCGCAAAGUUGGUGACAUGCUCGAGAAGUGGCACCAACAGCGCCGCCAAAUCCUCAACGCUAAAGAAGAAGAUGAGGAGCGCCCUCAGGUUGAAAACAUGGAAAUCGAUGAUCCCGAAUUUGAACAUUUGCCCAACGAUGAUACGAAAGCUGAUACACAGGCCCUUGGUGCUGCAACCGAAGAACAAGCUCACUCUUUAGACGAGUCCAUGGCGAUCGAUUCUGGUGCUCAAGAAGCCCAAGAAGCAUUUGAAGACAUGGAGCCAGAAGCAGCAGAGGAUCCAGAUGCGAAGGAUGGCGAAGACAACGAAGCCCUUCCUGAAGCCCAACAACCAGCAGGCGAUGAGCAAGAAACCCAAGCUGGUGCAAUGAUUGGUGAAACCAGAGAGCAACGUGCCCAACGCCAGCAGAAAACCGAAGAGACCAUGGAUCUCGACGAAGUUGAAGAAACCUCUGAAACUGCUCCUGUCAUUGACAUCAACCAAGAAUCGGCACUUACUGAAUUCGGCUCAACCCGUUCAAGAGAGGAAGCGCGUCAACUAUGGCAACAGUACGAACAGUCAACUAAAGAUCUCUCUAUGGGUCUCUGCGAGCAACUUCGUCUCAUCCUUGAGCCAACUCUUGCAACCAAGAUGCGCGGCGAUUUCAGAACUGGAAAGCGUCUCAACAUGAAGCGCAUCAUCCCUUACAUCGCGAGUCAGUACAAGAAGGACAAGAUUUGGAUGCGCAGGACAAAGCCAAGCAAACGCCAGUACCAAGUCAUGAUCGCUGUAGACGACUCCAAGUCAAUGGCAGAAUCGGAAUCAGUGGCACUCGCAUUCGAGACUGUGGCCCUGGUUGCAAAAGCACUUAGUCAGCUAGAGGUCGGGCAAAUAUCAAUCGUUUCUUUUGGAGAAACCACUCGUCUCAUCCAUCCAUUCGACCAGCCGUUUACUUCAGAGUCCGGUGUCAAGGUCUUUGAGCGCUUCCAGUUUGACCAGUUGAAAACAAACGUCAGAACCCUCCUCGACACUUCCAUGGGCAUCUUUGAAACCGCAAAAGUCAAUUCCAGCGCGGAUCUAUGGCAACUAGAGAUCAUCAUUUCCGACGGUGUUUGCGAAGACCACGAGACACUGAAACGCCUGGUCCGGAGAGCGCAGGAGGAGAAGAUCAUGAUUGUGUUCGUCAUCUUGGACUCUGUCAGGGAUAAGAGUAUCCUGCACAUGAAGCAAGUGAGGUUCGAGACGGGUGCAGACGGCACACAGGAGUUGAAGAUGGAAAGGUAUCUAGAUACUUUCCCGUUCGGGUUCUAUCUUGUGGUGAACGAUAUCAGAGAGUUGCCGGGAGUGCUUGCGUUGGCGUUGAGGCAGUGGUUUGCGGAGGUUGCGGAUGCAGGGAUGUGA